GAACGUAAAAAUGGGGAUGCACUCAUCAUCCUCCUCAUUCUCUCCUCUGUUAUAAUAAUUAAAUUUACAGGAGCGGAGAAGAGAAAGGGUUUUAAAUCUGCAUUUCAUACCCGCUUUCGUUACAUAUUACUCUCAAUCUCUCUCCCACUUUAUAUUUUUUUUCUCGUUUUCAUAUUAUUACAUGGUUGCAGAGAGAUGUGGGAGAAUCCAUAUUACAUUAUAUGUUAUCAUAAUACAUCAUCAGUUGUUCCAGGAUCUCUCUUCUUCUAACUUAUUAAUCAAGUUUAUCAGGCGUCGGUUAAUAUACUUGUGUUAAUCUACAUAUCUAAAUUUGCCGAUCAGUAUGGGUGCUUGCUCUUCAACAUUGCCUAAAAAUCACAAGACUCGAAGUAUCAUCCAUCGCCCUCCGAAGAAGGUUGGUGGUAAGCUAUUGAAGAUUGUUCGAAGACGGAAAAGGAAAACUGAUGCUCCUGUCAACGACUUUCUUCACACAACCACCACGUGUAGAAGAUCUGAGGUUUCCAGUUCAUCAUAUCAUCUAACACAGUAUCAGUGGCGUCAUAAACAAAAUGAUGGAAGUGUAAUUUGUCAGGAGGAAGCAUGGUUUGAUACGAUAAGCAUCUUGGAGUCAGAUACAGAUGAAGACUUCAGCAGUGUACACGAAGACCUUCCAAGUGGACAAGUUCUCCAAUAUGAAACAUCAUCAUGCUCUGUAGAUAGGAAAUGCUUGUACGAAGAAAUCCACGAAAAAUUGAUGAAAAUCGAUAAUGGUAAAACAGAGAUGUUGGUGGACAGAGAUGGAAUCAAGGAUUCAGAUGGAUUUAAACUUACAAAAAACUACAAUGGAGUGAAAGAAGAUCAACGUGAUUGUGAAGAUAAAAAUCUAGAGAACAUGAAGAGAUAUAGCCUCUCUCCAUUAGAGCCUGUGAAUUUUAAUGAAAUUAUCAUUAACACAUCACAUCCAGGUCAUCAAUCUCAAAAAAGGAAAUCAAAAGUUAUCAGGCUUUCCUUCAAAAGAACAUCUAUUGAUGGAGAUGAAACGACUGAAAUUUGUGAAUCAAAAAAAUUCUUUUAUCGUCCGAAAAUAGGAAACUUGAUUCCAUUUCGUACAGAUGGAACUCCAGGUUCUUGGUCAGAGAUUGAACCUUCGCAUUUUAAAGUACGUAGUGAUACUUACUUUAGAGAUAAAAAGAAAUCCCCUGCUCCAAAUAACUGCCCAUAUAAACCACUUGGCGUGGAUCUCUUUGUUUGCCCAAAAAAAGUUGAUCACAUUGCUCGACAUCUUGAGCUUCCUUCUGUGAAAGCCGGAGGAAAAGUUCCUCCACUUCUUAUUGUCAAUAUUCAGCUUCCUACUUAUCCUACUGUAAUGUUCGGUGGUGAUAGUGAUGGGGAGGGUUUGAGCCUUGUGCUAUACUUCAAACUUUCAGACAAUUUUGAGAAAGAUUCUUCUUCUCAAUUCCAAGAAAUGAUUAAGAAAUUUGUUGAGGACGACAUGGAAAAGGUUAAGGGGUUUACAAAAGAGUCCACGGUUUCUUUCAGAGAAAGACUGAAGAUUAUGGUUGGAGUUGUCAAUCCCGAUGAUAUUGUUUCAUGUUCUACUGAAAAAAAACUUAUUAAUGCUUAUAAUGAAAAACCAGUCCUAUCACGUCCACAACACAAGUUCUAUCAGGGAUCGAACUAUUUUGAGAUUGACCUCGACAUUCAUCACUUCAGCUACAUAGCCAGGAGGGGACUAGAGGCAUUUCGAGAACGCUUGGCAAAUGCAACAAUGGAUCUUGGUUUAACAAUUCAGGCUCAAAAACAAGAAGAACUGCCGGAACGAGUACUUUGUUGUCUCAGACUCAACAAGAUUGAUUUCAUCAAUCGAGGUCAAAUACCAGGAAUUAUUGCACUUGACGAGGAUGAUUAGGUUGGAUUGUGGAAUUUUUAAUGCCUCUUUUGAGCAAAUUUCAUAUGUUACUUGUGUCCGCAACUGAGCUACAACCUUGUAUAUGAAAAGAAGUAAGAGAAUCUCAUGUACUUGUACAAUAUCAUGUAAUGAGAAUCAGACUCAUCUUGAUUUAUCAAUUAUGUUCACAAUUAAAUCAUAUAUAUAUCCAACAUAAUACAG